GUGUGUGUGUGUGUGUCUGUUGAGAUAUCACGAUUGGAUAAUUCAUUACCCGGACGGACGGUCCGUCCAGCGCGACGGCGGGUCCGUGCGGUUUUCGCGCGAGUCCGGAGUUCGGGGUAAAAGGUCAGCUCGCGAAUGACCCUGCGGAUGGUCGCGGGCGCACAGGUCGCGCGGCGAGACUUUAGGAGCUGAAGAUAAAGGGAAAAACGUGGGGGGAGAGAGCCGUAGGAGAGCCGCUCCCGCGAAAAUCCGUAGCGGCCACGAUGAGGUGUGACAAGCGAAGCCACAAAGGGGGCUCGCGAGCUACCGAAAAAAUACUCCGAAAGAAAGCGAGAGCUACCUGUGCGCUAACGCGCGCGCGCGCCCGCGUGUCGGAGCCGUGAGAGCGGAAGCCCUUUGAGGCUGCGCGACAAAACGCGAAAUCAACUUUUCCUGCGAAAACCCAUCAGCGGAGAGUCGCUAACGCACGUGUCCCCCCCGCGUGUCCCCCGCGCGCUCCAUCCGACUCUGUCCUCGCUGGCGGACAAUUUCCCUCAGGACAAACAAUCGAGAUCCCGUUAGUCGUGUUCUUUUUCUCGCUGCAGCGUGCCCGGGGUAACGUAAAUUGAGCUGACCAGCCGGGAAAAGGGCCCGGGAGAUGAGAGAGAAACGAUUCGGUGAGAGGUUCGACGAAUCGUGUGAUCGCGCGACGCAUCCCCGAAAAAGGACGCUUUAUUCCGUCGAUAAACCGGCUGGCUGCGGCGCGGCGCGGCGCGACGGCGCGCUCGCGAAAGUUCGGCAAAAGUACAAUACUUUGCCGACUUUCCAACGCGCGUUCCGGCGUGCGAUCAGACAGAUUCGUUGUCGGAGGCGACUAUGUAAUCGCGCGGGUAGCACGUGCGAGCGAACAAGGCUCGUCCGAGAGCGUCACGCGUGAACGACACGACCGACAUGACGCGGGCAUGUCAGAGUUCGCAUGGCGAAGUAGCUGAGUCGCAGCUCGGCGACAAUCCAGGUCGUACGCGCACCGUACUUCGACCCCACGCCGCUCACAGAGACGUCUUGUUGUUCAGAUAAACAUUGUUAACACAGCUUCGUGGCCGUGCAGGCGGCCGAGUGUGUGUCUACCGAAGCGGCUUUCGCUUGGACGACGCUAAGACGGAUUAAGGCGCCGCGCGCGCGCGAUCCCACGUCCUCUGUGAUUUCGCAUUAAGAGCAAUAACGAAGCAAUCAUACGUAGUGCAUUAAGGAAAUAAAACGUUGUCUCGCGACGACACAUCUUCCGGGGCAGGACGGGCCGCUCGGGGCGAGCUGGGGUUCCUGUUCGUGUCGUCGAAUCGUCGAGAGUCGCGUUAGCGCACCUCGGGCACUUCCUCGUGUUUCCUUGAGAAAUUAAGAAGGAGAUCCGUGUACUUCAUCCUCUGAAGAUUCGGCCUGGAGAAGUCAUUGAGACGGCGGAGAUAUACAUCGGCGGGGAGUCUAUGAAUGGUGCGAACUCGCGCAAACUUCUUCAAAUGGAAGAUUAAAGACGUCUCGAGGCGGUCUACGAGGAUAAUGUUCCGGAAGAAAUGUUAGGUCUCGUCGCGGAUGCGCCAUUGUACGGGGCGGCCUAGAGAGCUAAAGAGAGAAGGAGAGAAAGAGAGCGAGAGAGGGAGGGAGGGGGAGAGGGAGAGACAAAGCCGCUUUGCCAACGGCGCGAGGUGAGAUUAAGAGCGACGGGAAAGGAACGGCAAAUAGGCGAAAAGAGAAGACCCCGCGUUCGCGAUAACGAGCGACGAACGACAAAGCGUGAGAAAGAGAGAAGGAGAGAGAGAGAGAGAGAGAGAGAGAGAGAGAGAGAGAGAGAGAGAGAGAGAGAGAGAGUGAAAGAGAGAUCGCAGCUGUGUGUCGCGGGGAAGCCGACGACGACGACGACAACAACGACGACGGCGACGAGGCGCCGAGUGCACUCGACGAUCUCGCUUGACGAACGAUAAUCGAACGUAUUCGAGCGCACACGGGAAUACGAGAGAUACUCGCCGGAGGAAAGGAGACUCGCGGGAUUUGCGGCCCGAAAUCCCAUUACCAUAUUAGUCCGAAUAAAUACUCGGAGGAUUUCCGUAGCUUUCGGUGAUACGAGCGGAGAGAGACCAUGGACAAGCGGCGCGGUCGGGCGAUCGGCCGGCAGACAGAGAGGCGCUCGUUGACCGCGACGGCAAAGAUAGAGCCGGGAUGCUGCACGCUGCUAUGCUAGGUAGCGGUCCAGGACGGGGGAGACGCGAGUGGUAUCCGGGAUUCUAUCUCCAGAGUCGUCGUCUUGGCUGCAGGAUGAACCGCGGCGAGCAGGAAAACCUAUUCCGGCAGAGCCGGCAGAUCAUCGUACCCUCCCGCGAGGACCUCGUCCUGAGCGUCUUAAAGUCGCCGAUCAGUCAGCAGCAGCAGCAGCUGCAACAGCAACGCCACCAGCAGUAUCGCCACCCGUUUCAGUCGCACCCCCAAGGCCACUUUAACUGCCAAGCUCAUCCGAAUAAUAAGAGGUGCAGUCGUUCAGGUGACGCGUACAACAACGAGAGUCUUCCACGAAGCAAGGACCAAUGCUCUAGGCUCGCGGAAAAGCGGUGCAGCGCCGCGACCGCCUACGCUGCCCUGCAGGGCAGCGAGGACGAGCUCGUCGAGGCCGAGCACGGCCUCGAGGCGGAGGAAGACGCCGCGCUGAAGACCCCCGGCAGCGAGACCGAAGACACCGAAGACAACGGCGCGAACGCGGAGGAGCCGGCGGCGUCGCCCGUGCGCAGGUUCACCUUCCUGCGUCGCUUCCGCUCGCCGCGCUUCGGCGAGGCGCACCACAAGCGGGUGCCGACACCCAUGAAGAGGAAGCACAGACGGAAAAGGAGCAACGACGACAUCAUCAACAAUGACGUGACCGGGGCCGAGGAGGAAGAGGAGGAGCCGCCGAGUCCCGACCAGGCUGGCGUGCCUGAUCCUUACUAUCCGAUCUACUUGCCGAUCGAUCAGGCCUUCAAGGCCAAAUACGUGUUCCACCAUAAGAAGGGCAAGACCUUCCAGGAGCGGCUCUACGUGUUCCUCGAGCAUCCCGGCGGCUGGCUGUGUUUCGUCUACCAUUUCGCUGUGUUCAUGGUGGUGUUGGUGUGCCUCAUAUUUAGCGUUUUGUCAACGAUAGACCAAUACAGUAACUUCGCAAACGAAACCCUGUUUUGGAUGGAAAUAUGCCUCGUGGUAUUCUUCGGAGUCGAGUACUUGGUGCGACUAUGGAGCGCCGGCUGCAGGUCGAAGUACAUGGGCUGCUGCGGACGGCUGCGAUUCAUACGGAAGCCGAUUUGUAUCAUAGAUUUAAUCGUCGUGGUGGCGUCCAUGGUGGUGCUGUCGGUGGGGAGCAACGGUCAGGUGUUCGCAACUUCCGCCAUCCGGGGUAUUCGGUUUUUGCAAAUUCUUCGGAUGCUCCACGUCGAUCGCCAAGGCGGCACUUGGCGGCUCCUGGGCUCGGUGGUUUUCAUACAUCGCCAGGAAUUGAUCACCACGCUGUACAUUGGAUUCCUAGGCCUUAUCUUCAGCAGUUACUUCGUGUACCUCGCCGAAAAGGACGCGGUCGGGCCGGACGGCAAGACGGACUUCUCCAGCUACGCUGACGCGCUCUGGUGGGGAGUGAUCACGGUGACGACGAUAGGCUACGGCGACACGGUGCCGCAGACGUGGAUGGGGAAAAUAGUGGCCUCGUGUUUCAGCGUGUUCGCCAUAUCCUUCUUCGCACUUCCAGCUGGUAUCCUAGGCUCCGGCUUCGCGCUCAAGGUGCAGCAGAAGCAGCGGCAGAAGCACUUCAACCGGCAGAUACCGGCUGCCGCGAUGCUGAUACAGUGCCUGUGGAGGUGCUACGCCGCCGACAAGGCCAUCAACAGCGUCGCCACGUGGAACAUCUACAUCAAGGACCCGACGCCGGCCGGGCAGCCGUCGACGCCUCUGGGAAAGUUGAUUUGUGUAAAGAAGAUGUCUCUGAUGAUCCAGGUGGCAAAGAAGGCGAGCGUGCUGAAGAGGCGGAAGUCGCGGAACCGGAUGGACGUGCAGCAGCAACAGCAGCAGCAGCAGCAGCAGCAGCAGCAGCAAGCCUUGCCGCCCGUCACCAUUUCCGGCGGCAUCUCGGCCGGCGCCGGCACCGGCCAGAACGAAAACCAGCGUCUCGAGAAUGAGGGAGACGUGGUUUUCUACAUGGAGGAGCCCAAAGCGGGCACGCCGAAUCGCGCGAGACGCGACAACCGGGGGAGCCUCUUCACCUCGCAGACGAGCUCGGUGACGGAGGCGACCAGCGACGAAAUCGACAUUGACAUCGAGGAGCCGCAGAGGGUCACCACGCUGACGGAGGCACACCGAAACGCUAUCCGGGCAAUCAGGAAGAUCAAGUACUUCGUGGCUCGCAGGAAGUUUCAGCAGGCGCGGAAGCCGUACGACGUCCGUGACGUCAUCGAGCAAUACAGCCAGGGUCACCUGAACAUGAUGGUGCGGAUUAAGGAGCUGCAGAGAAGAUUGGAUCAGACCCUGGGUAAGCCGGGGAGUUACCUGGCGGGGAUCGACCGGGCUGGCAACGUGAAACCCAUGACGAUCGGUGCGCGUUUAUACAGAGUCGAGCAGCAGCUGUCGGUGAUGGACAAGAAGCUGGACCAGCUGGUGUACGUGCUGAACGCGGUGGCGCAGAAGCAGCAGAUACCGCUUCGUAGUAUAGAGGAUGACGUGUAACAAAGAGCCCCCGGCAAAUCCGUUUUACGUUCAGCCGCGGUUUCACUUCGGACCCCGCCCCGCGUCACGAUCACCACGGUGAUGCCGAACAUGCUCAGCGAGAGCACUUGAACGCGAGAGGCGCCGGUAUCCCGGCGUUAUCCCGAACACGUCCGGAAAGUACAAACGUUUACGAGUGACCGGGUGUCGUCCGGCAUUCGUCUCGAGAGGAUCUACGGGGCGAUCCCGGGAACCACGUGGCUCGUCGGAGGCAGAGAGAGAGAGAGGGUGGAAAGAUCGGAGGGAUCGUAGCGCGCGACACAGGAAGCCAAGGUGGCGGAAGAGAGCUCACGCUUCUUACAUCUCCGGUCCUCGAACGACACGAGGCGAAUGAGCGCGUCGACCGUGAGAUCAGCAGCCGCAACCGCUGCGUUUCUCGAGGGAGACACGAGGGCGAUACCCGGUGGUCCGUGGAGAGACACACGUCGCUGGGGAUCGAGGGGAGUCCUUGACCGUAAGCGCGAACGGCAAAGUCAAACGCACAGAAAGCAUAAUCGAGAGUCAACGAGGCGCGCGCGUGGAAACGCGAGGGAUGAGAUCGCGAAUCGCGGUGAAGGCGUCCGCAGGGCUGCACACGCUAUGCACGCCGCUCAAAAGGGCAAGGGAAGAAGAGGAAGAAGAGGAAGAAGAAGAAGAAGAAGAAGAAGAAGAAGAAGAGCGACGUUUCGUGGAAGGACCGAAACGGAAGCGUGCGAAGUAGCGCGAUUCGUUACUGCGGCGCUAAGGAGUACGUUAUUCGUCGACGACGAUGGGACGAGACCGAGGAGCUCGAUCUCGUCGUCGAGAGAAGUUGAGGAGAAAACAAAAGGGAGAAGAAGGAGGUGAGGAAAGGCAGAGGAGACGGGGGAAUACCGACGCCGUUCCGUAUUUUUCAGUUCGCCGAAGGAAUGAGUAAACGCCAAUGGGAACAUCAUUCGGGCCAACUAGGAAUAAUAAAGAGGAACAAUAAGCAACUGAACUUCCUAGAGCAGAUUUUAAGCCUGUUAAUUAAACUCGUACGUAGACUGCCGAUCGCGGCGCCGAUCGGUGGAUUAUUUAUCGAAGAAACGGAAUCGUCUGAUCGAGCAUCGGUACCGGGAGAGGAGACAGCAACGGUGGGCCGUGGGAAAAGGGUCGCACGGCUGGCCCUCAGCAGAGGCGGAAACCAAGCGAGCACCGUCGUCGACGCGACUCGCCCGCGGCCGAGCCCGCGAGCCCUCGAUUUAUUUGUAUUGUAUCCUCGAUUUAUUUCUUCGGCCUAGCACAAACGUCGUGGUAGACACAUUUCUCGAGGUUUACCCGCUUCAAAGCUCGCAUAUAUGAUUCUCCAUUUUUUUAUGGCAUUCCCCGACCACACUCGCCUGCAAUGCUUGUCCCUGAAGAGCAAUACGUCUGCAUAGAUUAUAGAUGCUGCUCCGUGAAACUUCGAUACGAUAUACAUACGCGUACAUGUAUAUGUAUCCGUAAUAUUAGUCUUCGAUGCUCGCGCGAGUCUUAAGGAACCUUUCAAGGAUUUGAGGGAAUAUGUACGCGCUGCGAGAGAGAGAGAGAGAGAGAGAGAGAGAGAGAAGAAGAAGAGGACGAGAAGGAGGACGAAGAGGAGGAGGAGGAGGAGGAGGAGGAGGAGGAGGAAGAAGAAGAGGCAUGUAAAUACCUACACCGCGAGUAGCGUGGAGGCGCGACGCCCUCGCAAAUACAAAUACAAUUUAUAUUUUGUACGUAGAUGAUUUACGGAACGUUAAGGGUCGGAGAAACGUGCACCGCGAUCUCUCAAAUACCGCGCGCGAUUCGUAAGCGCGUUAUAUAGUCCGUACGGAGCUCUCUCUUGCUACUUAUAGGACCGAAGCCGUAAGUUGCGACGCAGCACGAAUCCGAGAGGGACUAGCGACCUUUCGUCGCGCGAGCCGGAUGAUGAAAGGGACGAGACCGGGAUCGAUUCGAGAGACAUCGACGCAGAGGACGACGCGUAAUAGUUGCGUAAUUCUUAUGAUUUCGUCGACUGCCAAGAUACUGCUAAAUCGAGACGAGCAAUAUAACGUUAAUAAGUUCAGAUAGCGUUCUUCACGGACGACGGACUCGCGUUGUCUCGCAAUUCUCUGCUUCGCCCCGUUCAGUUAACGACCAGUCUUUCGCGGGCAAGGAGAUAUCGUCCUUUACCGCGAGCGAAUCUGUCGCACUUUAUACGUAUAUAUAUAU